AUGAGCGGGCGAUCAACACCAACCCUCGGCCACCACGCCCGCCACGUCCGCAAUGCCUCACACCUCGGGAACCUCAAGAAGGUGCAAAUCAACGGCACCGCCGCCGCACGGAGCAGCGACAAUGUCUUCGCGUCGCUGCGCAACACGCAGAUGGCGGCGUCGAAGCCACUGCUGCCUGCCGAGCUGAUAGCCACCAUCCUCGACUACCUGCCCGUGUCGGACUUGGUCGGAUUUGCUCGCGUGUCUAGGCGGCUGCAGGAGAUGGUGUACGACGACACGCGAUGGAUCCAGAAGCUCAAGCAGAUGAGCGCCUGGAACGAGGCAGAGGCGAGACAGAGCGUGGACGAUGCCAUGAAGAGGAAGACGGAGGCACAGCAGUCCAAGCAGGCAGAAGAGGCUAAGCGCACAGGCGUGCACCAGGCAGGGACUGCGAAUGGUGUUGCUGGAGGUGGCGCACGCCAUGCGCGAAGUGUCACCAUGUUCGACGCUGGUGUGGAAGAGCAGAAAUACAGGCAGUCCUUGGAACAGCCCAAUUCCCCGCAGCACAGGAGGCAGAGGACUCUAGCAGAUGGAUUCGAAGAUCUGACCAUCUCCGGCACGCCGACUUCACCUGCAAAGACUGUGUCAAGCACAGUAGAUCCGAAUGAGGCUCUGACCGUGUUCAAGCGUGUUCGAUCAAUACGUGGGCAGGCCAGGCAGGAGUUUGGGAAGGUCUACAGUGCACUGGGACCAAUCUACCUGGACCUCGCCAACUCAAAAGGCCACUCCGACGCCCGCAUCUUCCGCGCCUAUCGCGACCCAGAGCAGCAAGCACUGAUCCUCGGCAACCUCAAGCGAUUCGCGCAAUGCGACUUGGCGUACGAGUGGCAGCUACGUGAGCAGAGUCUCGACUCCAUGAUCAGUGUGUUCGAGAAUGCUGUUCUAUCAGAGUUCGAGCAAGGCUACGCGGCAGACGAUGUCACUGGCCGCAUGAAACGGUACGCGCAUGUUCUCGUUGCUCUUAAUGGUGGCAACGCAGGCAUAGACUCUUUCAUCUCCAACCACCCCAUCAUGUCGAGAACAACUCGAUCUGGUAAUCCGCUGGACUGUCUUGAAGCUGUCGCGCCAGGUCAUGUUGAUCUCAAUCCUGCACAACGCUUCUUCGAGCAGCUAGCAGCGGUCAUGGUACAGCAGUCUCAGAUCAUAGACACGGUCUUUCCGCAGACGGUCGAUGUACUCACGCCGCUCUGGAGGAGGCUCUGCGAAGAGCUCAUAGUUGAGUACACUACGACUUUGUUCGACGAGGCACGCCGGCGAGGGAUCGAGACCUACGCCAAGGCUGUGUCCGGCACAUUCUCACAGGCUUUGCGCCUGCUAGCAUCACUAAAGCCAACCAAGGCCUCAUCAUCCGACUUCGCAGAGAGCACCAAGCGGACACUUGUGCAGUGCUUCGAAAAGCACAUCGACCUCUACCUUGCCGAAGAGUUCGAGGUGUUCCGCACGAAGGCCGAAGCAGACGUUACACACUGGGAGAAGGAGCUGUCAGAGCAGGAAGCGACUACCGAGUCCUAUUUCAUGUCGAACGUCAGCCGACAAGCAGCAAAGCGAGAUUUCUUGUCAUCCUUCAAGAAGGUGGUCAUGAUGCCAGUGAAUGUUGUGUCAUACCCGUUCGCGCCAGCGAAGCCGACAAGUGUGGCAGCUAAGUCUUCGGCUCAUCUUGACAACAUUGACACUUCAUAUGCGGGCGGAAGACCUGCCUCGCCCACGCCACGUGCACUAACGCCUACCCAAGAAGCACCCACAACGGAGCUGGAGGCCAAGGCAGCCAUCCUCAACUCUAGGCUCGAAGGCAUCAAGUCUUUGUUCAGCAUUGAAGUUGCACUGAACCUGACCCACCUCGCUAAAGCAUCGAUUGAACGUGCUGCAGUGAUGUCGAAGAUGGGCGGCAAUGAUGGGGAACAGGCAAAGAAGCAGUGCGAGAACAUCUUCGUCACGCUGCUCGACAUCCUUGGCAAGCGUCACAUUAAGAAUGGCUUCGACAAGGCUGUUGGUCAUCUGGGCGACUACAAUCCUCGGGAAGUGCGAAAGUUUAAGCAACAACAGCAAAAUGGCGAGACUCCUGCACCAAGCACGCACGUUGGAGUAGAGCCUCUUGUCACGUUCUUGGAGCUCGUCAAUGUCGGUGACCUGAUCCAGCAGAUGAUUGAUGUCUUUUACACCCAGGAACUGGUAACCACCAAGCUCUCUGAUCGAGAUGACUUUCUCAGCCCAGCAGUCAAGGACAAGAAGAAGUUCGAGCAGAUGCUUGACGAGCGAGUCGCCGCAGGACUGAACAAAGGCAUUGAUGUUCUUAUCGAUGAGGUCGAGUACAUCUGCGCCACUUCACAAACACCGACCGACUUCAACCCCGGGCCCGACGGCGUCGUCGACAUUGGUCCUACGACCACCGCUAAGCAAGUCGUGGACAUGGUCAGUGGACACACUGGCAUGCUUGUCGGUAGUACCGACAAGAACAUGCUCGAUGUCUUCAAUCAAGAAGUCGGCCUGCGCCUCUUCGGCGCUCUAUGCAAACACUUCAAGCGUCAACGCAUCAGCGUCGAAGGUGCAAUCAAACUGAUCUGCGACAUCAACCACUACAGUGCCUUCGUCACUACCCUCCGCCAGAAGCCACUGAUGCCAUACUUCGAAGCCUUGCGGGAGAUGUCGCAGAUAUACCUAGUCUACAUCGAGCCGCCUGCCAGCGUCUUCGGUACCAAUGCGAAAGGCAAGCGAGGCAGUCUGCUGUCGACGAAAGCCUCGGAGACAUCGAAGCAGGCUAAAGAGCUGGCUACUAUUAUUGCAGACUCGCAGCGGUAUCAUGGCAUCUUCCCGGCGGAGGAAGUCUACGAGUUUGCUGAGCGACGUGCAGAUUGGUACAUGGUGAAGGGCGAUGUGGAGAGAGCGAUGUAUGGUGUUGGAUGCACGCUUAUGUGA